GUCUCUCUUUCACAGCUCUCUGCUCCGUAUCUGAAUGUGUUCAGCGUCAGUAUCACUUUAUAAAUGAGAAGAAGACCUGGACUGAAGCUCAGAGAUACUGCAGAGAGAAUUACACAGAUCUGGCCACCGCUGACAACAUGAACGACAUGAACGAGCUGAUGAAGAGUGUGAUUGAUGUACGUUUCUGGAUUGGACUGGAGAGAAAAUGGCAGUGGUCUUCAGGUGAACCUGCGCUCUAUCUGAACUGGGCUCCUACACAACCUGAUGGUAAAGAUGAGUGCGCUGUGAUGAGAAAUGGACAAUGGAAUGAUUUGGGAUGUAGUAAUAACUACCAAUUCAUCUGCAGCAACAAGAACACAGGACUCAUCUUUGUCAAUCAGAAGAUGAACUGGAGAAACGCUCAGAGUUACUGCAGACAGAAUCACAUUGAUCUGGUCAGUGUGAGAAACCAGGAUGAGAAUGAGAAGAUUAAGAAGAUCAUUAGUGAUAAUCACUCAUCUGGAUCAGAUGUCUGGAUCGGUCUGUUCAGAGACUCAUGGCAGUGGUCAGAUCAGAGUAACUACUCUUUCAGUUACUGGAACACUGGUGAACCUAAUAAUGCUGGAGGUUAUGAAAACUGUACACAUGUUGAAAAGAGCGCUCAGGGACGAUGGAAUGAUGAGUAUUGUAACAAUCGAUAUCCUUUUGUGUGUCAUGAAGAUAAACUGAUUGUGAUCAGAGAGAAUCUGACGUGGUCUGAAGCUCUGAGAUACUGCAGACAGAAUCAUGUGGAUCUGGUCUCGGUUCAUUCAGAAGAGAUGCAGCGUCGUGUGAUGAACGUGGUACACCUGGCGUCUACUGCGGAGCUGUGGUUGGGUUUACACAACUACUGCAUCAUGAACAUCUGGUACUGGGUGAGCGGAGAGACGGUGUGCUAUCAGAACUGGGCUCCAGGGAACGGAACCGAACCAGAAAACUGUAAACUUGAGAAGAGAAAAGGAGCAGUUCAGUCUGGAGGAGAUCAGCGCUGGAUCAGCCGUCCUGAAACUGACAAACUCAACUUCAUCUGCAGCAGAUAUUAAGAGUGAAAGAGUACACAGACCUUCAUGUGAGGAAACAAGUGCUUGUGUGUUCACUUCCUUUAACUUCAUUUUCAGUCGUCACUUUAUAAAGUAAUAAUUUUACAUGUAUUAAUUUCAGUUCCGCAGACAGUCACACUUGAGGGUUAAAAAGGCAGAAAUGUUUCCUUCAGAUGUUUAUGUAGUUCAUAUAUAAUCUUCAAUAAACUGUUAAUGUAUGUUAUACAUUUCCAAAUGUUUCAGCAUCUUUGUGUUUGUUACCAUAUUUUGGGGAAAAUAAAAAUUUGUACCCAAAAAUUAGCUAGACUUGACAAAAUCCAAAACCCUCCCUUUGUAAAACUGGUACUGUGAAUAUACGGGUCCUUCUAAAAUAAUUAGCAUAUUGUGAUAAAGUUCAUUAUUUUCCAUAAUGUAAUGAUAAAAAUUUAAAUUUCAUAUUUUAGAUUCAUUGCACACCAACUGAAAUAUUUCAGGUCUUUUAUUGUUUUAAUACUGAUGAUUUUGGCAUACAGCUCAUGGAAACCCAAAAUUCUAAAAAAAUUAGCAUAUUUCAUCCAAACAAGAAAAGAAAAGUGUUUUUAGUGUGUUCAAAUAAUUAUGUUCAGUUAUGAACUCAAUACUUGGUCGGGAAUCCUUUUGCAGAAAUGACUGCUUCAAUGCGGCGUGGCAUGGAGGCAAUCAGCCUGUGGCACUGCUGAGGUGUUAUGGAGGCCCAGGAUGCUUCGAUGGU